UCUGAAUUCAACUAAUAUUAUUAAAGGAGUGGUGGUAGGUAUACCAGGGCUCAAAAAAACGCCACUGAGGAGAAGCCGAGGAAAUGUUUUAAAAUUUACAUUAUACUCUAAAUUGCAAACAUGUCUGUUUCGAGUAGUAUUUUAAUCUUUCAAUAUCGACUGAUAUCUGUUUCUCCCUCUCAAUACAUUGGAAACACUUUGGUCAGCCCUCCCGUUGCUAUAGCGAGAUACGAAUUGUAAACAAUCUGACCUUCACGUGGUUCUUCUCGACGCCGGGACAGCAGCAUCUGCAGUCCUGCUGAGACAUCGUACGACAGUGAUCUCGAGUGAGGAAAGAAAAUAACAAGUGAAAGCAAUCAAAAUUAGGGAAAUUUGCUGUAAAUCCGGAAAGAAAAUGUAUGAAGAUUACCUUGAAAGAGAUGAUUUUGGAUUUGUUACCAGAGCCAUCAAUGAAGGAUAUACUCCAGAUGAUGAUGCAUAUAAUGCAAUUGUGCCGCCCAUAUCACUGUCUACAUCAUUUCAACAGCAAGGGCCAUCUCAAAACAAGGGGUUUUUAUACGGAAGAUUUGGAAAUCCUUCAAGGCAGAUGCUAGAACAAUGUCUUUCAUCAUUAGACAAUGCCAAAUACGCGCUAUGCUUUUCUUCGGGACUAGGAGCUACAACUGCAGUUCUGAAUCUUCUGUCUCCCGGGGAUCAUAUAGUAGCAGGAGAUGACCUAUAUGGUGGUUCCCACAGAUUACUAAGUAAGGUAGCAGGAAGACUCAACAUACAAACUAACUUUGUGGAUUUCAGUGAUCUUUCGAACGUAGAGCAAGCAAUUACGAAAGAAACUAAGCUUAUCUGGUUGGAGUCUCCAACAAAUCCUCUACUAAAGAUUACGGACAUUGCAAAAGUUUCAGAAAUAGCACAUCAGCAUGAAAACAAACCUCUUUCUCUAGGAGCUGAUAUAGUCAUGUACUCCUUAACUAAAUACAUGAAUGGUCAUGGAGAUGUAGUUAUGGGAUCUGUUGCAGUUAAUGAUUUACAUCUUUAUGAGAAGCUCAAGUUUUUACAAAAUAUAAUGGGCAUAGUACCAUCCCCAUUUGACUGUUACCUUGUCAACCGCAGCCUGAAAACAUUGGCCCUUCGAAUGGAACAGCACAUGAAGAGUAGCAUGGCAGUAGGAUUAUAUUUGGAAUCACACCCUCAAGUUGAUAAAGUUCUUCAUCCAGGUUUACCUUCCCAUCCUCAGCAUACAUUACUAAAAAAGCAAUGCUAUGGAUACAGUGGUAUGAUAUCUUUUUAUAUCAAGGGUGGACUUCAUGAAACUAAAAUAUUUCUUGCUUCCUUGAAGAUAAUACGACAUGGAGGAAGCUUGGGAAACUAUACAAGCCAAGCAAUGAUACCGGCUCUCAUGACACAUACUGCCCUAACACCUGAGGAACGAACUCGCCUUGGAAUCACAGACAACUUGAUUCGCAUGUCAGUUGGUCUUGAAGCAAAAGAUGACAUAAUUGCUGAUAUUUCACAAGCAUUACAAGCUAUAAGGGAACAAAAUUCAUAAAUAAACCUCAUAAAAUGCAUCAAGUUUAUAUUUAUUCCUAAUAAUGCAAGGUUCAAAAUAUUGUAGAAAAUGUAUAACUUAUGUGGUGGAUCUGUACUACCAAAUUUAAGUGGUUUUACCAAAUAUUAAGGUAGAUUCAUUAUAUCUCCACUACUAAACAUGCUACGGUAACAACACUAGAAGUGGCCACUUCAGUAUAAAAUUUGAAAACCAAGUAUUGAAGGCUUCUCACUUGCUUCAAACUUGCAGAACAUGGAGCUUAAACCUUCUAGUGGUGAGAAUUAAAUAAAGAAAAAUGAAAAAACAAGGACAAAUAAUAAAUAACGAAUAUAUUUUAAGAAUAAGUGCGGAAAAUAUCUUAUUGGAAUAAUGUACUAUGAAUUGGUACUUUCUGGACUUUUUCUGUACUCUUUUUUGUUUGAAAACCAGCUCAGGCUAGAAUAUCGAUUAGCAAACUGAGUUGAGUAUCUGACCACUACAAGAAUUUUCCAAUUUUCAAGUGACCAUUACUAG